AUGUUCCUACAAGCCAUCAGACGCUCUGUGCCAACUGCUGCACGCUCUUUCGCCACCACUCGCGUUAGUGCUAAUGUCAUCCAGGAUUUGUACUUGAAAGAAAUCAAGAGCGUCAAGUUGCAGCCAAUCUCAGCGAAGGACGCCGAGGGCGCUGUUAAGCCAUGGGUCGCUCCACAAGCUCCAAAGAUCCCUCAAGUUGAAGCUCAAGGGGCCGAUGCAUUGAAGGCAUACGCCGAACAAGACGUCGAGGUUGCCAAGGAAAAGGGCGAAGAAGCCUCUAACGAGACUGAUGAGCAAGACUGGUUAGUCUUAGAGGAAAUUGAGGACGACCACCAUCACUAA